UCUAUCCAGUUAGUUCAAGCAUAAAAGAAGAAACCACCAAACCUUCUUUCAUAAGUUCCUCCCUCUCUCUCUCUCUCUCUCUCUCUUUUACAGAUGCAGAUUCUCUAACCACUAGCUGAUCCUUCUCUUAUCAUCAACAUCCAAAGAUGAAAAGAAUUGAUAUCUUCUGUGCUUCUCAAGCUUCAACAGAUAUUUGCAUGAGCAUGGAUCAACCCUCCUCCUCUUCCUUGCCACCGAUCAUUCCACUCGCCGGCCGAGCCAUCGACCGCCACAAUCCCAUAAUCAGAGACCAGAAAAGAACUCCCAGAGCUCUCACAUUAGCUCCUUGUACUUCUCAAUCACCACCCAUCAAUCCCCAACCUUACCAUCUUCUUCACAAGACCAAGAAAGAGCCUCCAGCAGCAGCUAUCAACAAGACAGACAAUGAUCAAACCAAGAGCAAAAACCCCAGAAAGCCAAUUGAUCGGAAAGACAAGAAAGGCUCUUCCACGGCAGCCGGAGAUGGUAUUGCUCAUAAGAAGGAUUCUUCUUCUAGCAGUGUGGGUAAAGAAGGUGGCAUUAUUAGGAAGAGUGGGGCCAAACGUGGUGAUUUUAUCACUCCUCCUGGAUCGUCUCGAUAUCUUUUGAGCGAAAAAGAUUUUCUUGAUGGGUUAUCGGAUCCUAAAGAACUCAAUGGUCAAUCAGCUCAAGCUAAUUCAAAACGACAAGAUUCCAUUUCAAAACCAUCUUCAAAUUCUAACUCGGAGAGGCCAUCAAACCAGGUAGUAGUUUUGAGAGUGUCACUGCACUGCAGAGGCUGUGAAGGAAAAGUGAGGAAACAUCUAUCUAGAAUGGAAGGUGUGAGAUCGUACAGCAUAGAUUUUGCAGCAAAGAAGGUGACAAUUGUAGGAGAUGUGACCCCAUUAGCUGUGCUGGCAAGUGUAUCAAAGGUGAAGAAUGCACAAUUUUGGACACCUGCUUCAAACCCAGCUGCAUCACUCUCAAAUAACUCCCAACUCAACAAAUAAUCAUCAAGAAUAACAACAAAUUAUUAUUAUUAUGGCAGGAUAGUUGAAGUUUCCAUAUGGCCUGUUGGUGUAAAUUCAGUGUUUUAAAUAUGUAACUAGGGAGAAUAGCUGGAAAAGAAUCUGUGGUUAUUAGAAGUUGGUAACGAAAAGAAAGAAAGCAAUAGGGCAAGUGUCCUGUGGUUGCCAGAUGCUAGUUUAUGCUGUGGUUUGCUGUUAAAUUGUGGCAAAAGUAAAAGAAGAGUUGGGUCUUUUGGUCUGGCAAAUUAAUAUGUCCAUUAGAUUAAUUAAUUAGAAUUUGGCGUCACCCUAUUGGCUA